GGAGGGGCGAAAGGGGACGCGUUCGAUCCUGGCGUCCCGGCAAACAGGCAACAGUACUCAGUUAGACUCCGUGUUGUGUGUUUGUGCCGCUCUGUAAACUGGGAUUUCGAAAAUAAAGCCGAUACCAUGGGUUGUUGUGGUGACCAGGAGAAAGUCGAGCCGAAUGAGGGCUCCGAUGAAACGAGGAACAAUGACAAAGGAGUGUUCAAAGGCCCUGUAUCAGAAAGGUCUGUCACAGACGUCGUCGGAAUCUUGAUGUUCAUCAUAUUUUUAACCGUCCUAUUUGGACUACUUGGCCACUGCAUCGUCAACGGUGAUAUCUAUAGAGUAAUUUACGGCUAUGACAAUUGUGGUAACAUAUGCGGCAUGGAGAAUCUGCCAGAGGAGAAGCCAGAAUUUCAAUGCAAAGGAGGCGAUUUCACCAAAAAGAAAUUCCUUUUGAUUAAAGAAGCAGGCAAAGCAUUAUUCAGCCCAAAAAAUGUAAAUAAAGAAUGCGUUGAAGAUUGUAAAGCAUAUCCUGAAUACAUGACAUUUCUUAAUAGAUGCAUACCUAAAAAGACAGCAGAAAUCAUAAACAACUUUGUUUCCAAAACUGGUAUCACGGAUUUCUUUCACGAAGUGUCGGAAGAUUUGCACCACUCAUGGGUUGAGAUAUUUUAUUUGAGUCUAAUUUCUCUAAUUCUGUCCGUAAUUGUUGUCUUUACACUGAGAUUCUUCGCCGGAUUUAUGAUAUGGGCAAUAUUGAUCGGGUCAGUCGUCAUUGGAAUACUUGGGACGAUAUACUCAUGGAUCGUCUGGAAACAGAAGAAGCACGACCAGAGCGAAAGUGACAUCGACUCAAGGGUAUCGACCACAUACUUGACGAUAGCCAUCAUCGUAACCAUCGUUACUAUUGUGUUUUUCUUGAUAAUUGUCGCCCUACGCAAGAGGAUCAAACUGGUAGUCGAGUUGUUUUUAGAAGCAGGGAAAGCCCUCAACAAAAUGCCGCUCCUUCUUUUCGAACCUAUUCUUACAUUUCUUGCCUUAGCAGGAGUGGUAGCAUUAUGGUUGUACUUUUCAAUUUGGAUAGAAAGUGCUGGAUAUUUGAAAAAUGCAUCACCGAAUUACUAUUACAAAAAAGAUUUUGCAAUGAAGUUUUCUAGGUGGUACAAUUUGCUUGCGAUGUUCUGGAUGACUCAGAUCUGCAUAGGCUGCCAGCACAUGAUCAUCGCUGGUGCCGUCGCAACCUGGUUUUUCACCAGAAAUAAAGAAGAAAUGAGGUCUCCAAUAAGCACAAGUGCAAAGAACCUCCUGAGAUACCAUUUAGGUUCAGUCCUCCUUGGCUCGUUCUUUAUCGCACUUUGCCAACUUCUCAGAUCGUUGUUUAAAUACAUUGAAUCGACAUUGGCCGAGCCGAAGAACGACAUUACAAAAUUCUGUUCAAAAUGUUGCCAUUUUUGUCUUUACUGUUUUGAAAAGAUCCUCGUCUAUGUCACUAGAAACGCAUACAUCGAAAUAGCUAUUUAUGGGCAUUCUUUUUGCCGUGCGAGCCACCAAUCUGUGCAAGUGUUAGUGAGUAAUGUUCUGCGUGUGGCGGCCAUUAACACGAUCGGUGAUUUUGUUCUUCUGUUGGCUAAAGCUAUCGUUGUCAUUGCAACAGUACUAAUGGGAACAGUGCUACUUGAUAGCAAAGAUGGUGUCUAUCACUUAUGGGUUCCGUUGACUCUAGCAGGGCUGUUUGCAUAUUUGAUUGCCCAUGCUUUCAUCGCCGUUUAUGAAAUGGUGAUUGAUACAAUCUUCAUUUGCUUCUGCGAAGACUGUGAGAUCAAUGAUGGCAUCAGUAAGCCUUAUUUUAUGAGCAAAGGCCUCAUGGAGUUUGUACAAAAUUCGAAGAAAGUUCUCAAAGUUGGAGAUCUCGCCUCGCCUGCCAAAGUGGCUGCAACUGAAUUGGAAGAGUCUCCUUCAAAAUAACAUUUAAAAAAAUUCUGUUGUAUAAAAGCGUUUGUGUAAGAUUUAUUUUUAAAGUUUUUUAAAUAUACUUUUUUACUAUGUAGCUGAUUCUUUCAUUCAGAUUUAUUUAGCUUGUAUUAUGACUGAUUGUUUUUUUUUGUUUAUUCCAUUGGAUGAAAUUGUUCUAAGUAAAUUUGAAAAAAAA